UGUGAAUUUUGUGUUUGUUUCCUCCAGGACGAGCAAACUGAAUGGGGAAAGCAGGAGUUGACGAGUGCUGAAAUCCAACAGAAAGUGAAGGAGUACAACGCUCAGAUCAACAGCAAUCUGUUCAUGAAUAUGAACAAGGAUGGGUCCUACACUGGCUUCAUAAAGGUGCAGUUCAAACUGGCGAGACCCGUAUCCGUUCCAGCUCCAAAGAAAGGAAGCCAAGAGGCUGGAGGGAGGAGGGCCAGUGGUGUGAAACGCCGUACCUCCUUCUACCUUCCAAAGGACGCCUCCAAAUAUCUGCACAUAAGCUCACGCACCUCUGCCCGGGAGGUUAUCGAGGCUUUGCUGAAAAAGUUUACAGUCGUGGACAAUCCUGGCAAGUUUGCCCUGUUUGAGCGCAGCGAGCGUCAUGAUCAAGUUUAUAUCCGUAAGCUGUCUGAUGAGGAGCGCCCG